AUGGCGUACACUUCCAUCGCUGGUGGAGGAGCGCUUCCACCGACACCUCACGAUGCACCGCAACAGCAGCAGUAUCCGCAAACACAUGGUCCUCCACACCCGCAAGCUGCAGCAACACAACAAGCUGCAUUCCAGCAGAACGGACAACUGGCUGCUAUCGAUCCGGCGCUGCUGGCUGGCAUUUCGCCUGAACGGCUGGCAGCCAUAUUUCAAGCCUUCCAGAGCGGCGUUUUCACGGCACCACCACAAGUCGGUGGAGCUUCCAAUGAGCCUAAUCAUGCGCCAACAGCGUCUGCCCUUACUCCAAGCAAUAUGCAAGUGCAAGAAGCGCCUUCACAAUUGCAGAUCGAUAGCUCAAACGGCGAUGCAGACAUGGAGGACGGCGAGUUAGAAGAGGGGGAAGCGACAGAGGUAUGGCAAGAGCAAGGUUUCCUUCGUCCGCCUCCAACUGGCCCACGUCGUCCAAGUGCAAGUCCAGAUGGUCAUUCGGCAAGAGAUGCCACGAAACAGACCGCGCCCGGCUCUGCUCCCACGAAUCAGACAGGUAUGCCAUCGCCGCUUCCGCAGCAGAACGGGACGACGACGACUCGCGCCAGCAGAGAGCACACGGCCGGGCUAUUCGUGCAGGAGAUGGUCAGAGCUGGUAAGACGUUCGACGACCUUGUGUCGCAGGUCAGCAGCCCGAAGGCCUUAGCCCGUCUGUUCAGGCGGCUCGAUCUGCCAGUCCCAGCGAUCUACAACUCGAAUGAUGUCGCGCAGCGAGCAAAUGGCGCGGAAGCCACGCAAUCGCUAGCAGCAAAGCCGUCUCCAGAUCCGCCUCGCAGAGCACCGGCUGCAAAGCGUCCACCACCGGCAAAGCAUCUGGAUCGGAGUGAGUAUUUGGCAAAAUUGCAGGCUUUGAAGCCAACGAAGACUUCGGACGUAGACCCGAAGAGCAAAGCUCCCGCCAAGGUGACUGCCGACGCGGUCAAGAGCCCAGCGGCUAUUACCACUGAAGCUCCACAAGCUAAAGACCUGAAUGAGACCGUCAAGGAUAAGGAGCCCCCCCGGCCAGCUGCAAAGGACGACGCGAAGACCGAGUUGGCUCGCCAAAAGCUUGCAGACUGGAGAGCGAAGCAAGCGGCAAAGAAGGCCGGAUUACCCACCGCAGCAAAGUCAAGCCCUGUUCCUGCGACAGUGCCUCCGCCUGAACCGUCUCAAAAGUCUGCUUUUAGCCCAUGGCAAGAUCUUCGGGUUUCUGGAGCUGCCACAGAUCUUGACUCCCGAUUCGCAGAAUUGAGAUCACAGCAGCCUUCCGUGCAGGCCCAGCAGCCGUCGGCGCCUCCAGCCCAGCCACCACCUGUGCAAACUGUGACCUCGCCGCCGCCUUUAACAUCAUACGCUGGGUUUACCGGGCUGCCUGGCCUGUUCAUGCACAGUUCAGUACCGCAGCCAUCACACAACUCAUUCCCAGACACUCAGGCAGCAGCCUCUCAACCGGCUCAAAACACCAUCAACCCAGCGCCUUCCCCACUGACAGGGCCAUCGAUUGCAACUCGUAAGCGACCAGUUGCCGCCGACUUCGAAGGCGUUUCGGAAGCCACCAGCGCCCGCAAGCGACCAUUCGGACAAGACAGGAACACUAGCGAACAAGAGUCAGUAGUCAUAGACGUCAGUGAUGAAGAGGACGAAGGCGAUAGUACUGCCAUGGAUGUAGACGUCGAGAACGGUGCUCCGGCAACUAAGUCUUUCCGCGACGUCGGGGCCCUUCCAGACUUCCGGCCCAGAUCGGGGUAUCAGAUGCAAUCUUCAACCCCGAGCACCCCUGGGAACAGCACGCCAAAUGGAACCACGUAUGAGCAGCAGAUGCAACGGAUCGAAGAGUUCAAGCGCCAGAUCGCGGAACGGGAGGCUAGGAGCAAAGCUAAGGGCAAGAAAACCGCUACGCCUUUAAUCGAGUCUGCUGCAUCGAUCCAAGCGCCCGCUGCCACCACGCCGGAAGGCGGAGAGACCAGCUUCUCAAAGCCCGAUGGCCAAUCGACUCCAAAGAUUGGAAGCGUUGCUAUCACUACAGGACCGUCCGCUGAAAAAGCGAAGCUCUCAUCACAGUCACCACUUCUAGCAACGGACCAUUCUCGCACCAACUCCGACAACCACGCCCCUUCUCCUGCUGCCCUCCGCAGGCAGCAGGAGAAAGAGAGGCUGCGACAGAGACUUAUAGAUCUCGAGAAGAAUGAGAUGGCUGACCUGAACAAGGCCGUGGAGGCCGCGUCCAGCCGAUCUGCAGAGCCUGCAGAACCUGCCCCUCUACCUUCGCAGCUGCGUGUCUCGAAUGGCAGUUUGCCAGGCAUUUCUAUGCGUGACGCGAGCACCGUCAGCGUCACUCCUGCGUCGCAGGAAGUCCCGGAACCUGUCAGCCGGGCUACUGACGUCGCUCAAACCGAGUACGAGGAAUGGGAGGUCGAUGACGGAUCAGCUUCUGAGUUUUACGAUGAUGAGAAGCCUCCCACUUCGGUGCAGACCGGCGCCUCAGCUGUCAGCGAGGAUGCGAAGCAAGCAGCGAGCACGCAGGCAUCAGAGACUGAUGAGUCGUCGGAGGAUAUGGAAGUCGCUAUGAGCGAGAGUUCUGAUGAAGACGACGUUCCUGAGGAGCCUUCUCUACCAAUCGGCACCAUCGCACAGAACCCUGCCACGGACGAAGGGCAGAGUCAACUCGAGCACGACCAUCUUGACACCCUGCAAGCUCCACAGUACAAAGAGGCAGAUUCAGAGAUGACCGACGGCCCAUCGCGAGUUAACAGCAAGCUGGGUGUGUCGUCAAGCGGCUCAACCGAUGCAUCGGACUCAGACGACUACGACCCAGACUACGAUGCGUCUUUUGAUUCGUCUACCAGUCAGCAAGGCAAGGGCGUUGCCGACUCAGCUCUCCCAGCCCAACCUACGGCUGGAUCGAUCUCUAAGAGCGGAACGGUUGACGAGGAUCUUGCAUCCGAGCUGCAGCCGAAGACAAGCGAAGCUGCUCAUCUCGCGGACACGGAGAAUAUGGUGCACAGGACCCAUUACACGCCCUACGAGAGCCCGCUCAGGAUGUUCAAGGACUUCCGCUGGCACCCAAACUACUCGGACGUGGUCCCUGGAGGCUUCCAGUCCUUGACGUACAGCAACAAGAUCAACCCCGAUACGCCGCUCUGCCCCUACGAAGCGACUGGAGGCCAAUGCAACGACCAGGGCUGCAAGAAUCAACACUUCAAGGAUAUGGGACUUCCUGACGGCGACCUCCUCUCAACCAUGGGCACCAAAAACGUCCCGGCGCGCACUCCAGAGCAGUACAAGCAGUGGAAAGACGGCCUUGCUGCCGUCAUCCGCGAGCUCAGGGCUAUCAAGCCGGCGCCGGACGCCAAUGCCAUCGCGAAAAGGAUGGCGGAGUACAGGCGGGACUUCAUCGGUGAUGCGACUAAGGUGUUGAACCUUAGGUGA